AACUGUAUGCCUAACACUAACCUUAAAUUAAGACAUAUUAAGCACGUUUUUCAUUAUAUUUUACGAUAGACUUUGUGGCGGUGGUAACUAGUGAAAGCCACACAAAUGUAACAUACGCUAAAAAACGUGACCAAGAGAGGUACGUUUACGCUACGUACACUCCGUUGACAGGACAGCGCGCCAAAUUUUGUAAACAAAGCAAGUGAAGCUUUCAACCAGUUAUCCACCAUUUUGAUAAAGAAGAUUUCAAGUUGACCGAUAGGGAUGUGGCUACUCGACCAGUGUCAAGCACUGUUCAACACCUCCAGCCUCUAUGGGGUGCUGGGCGUCUCCAAGGAGGCGACAGACGCAGAGAUCCGACACAGCUACUACAAGGUGUCGCUCAGGGUUCACCCAGAUCGUGCUCCCGAAGACCUGCAGGCAACAGAGAAAUUUCAGGUGCUUGGGAAGUUAUAUGCAGUGUUGAGUGACAAGGAGCAGAGGGCAGUGUAUGAUGAGCAGGGACUUGUGGCUGAGGAAUCUGACUCACUGCAGCAGGACCAAUGCUGGGAGGAGUACUGGAGGUUGCUGUUCCCUAAGAUCACAUUGGAGGACAUCCAGGAGUUUGAGAGGAAGUACAAAGGCACGGAGGAGGAGAGGCAGGAUGUGAUGCAGAUUUACCUGCAGCACCAGGGGGACAUGGACGCCAUCAUGGCCUCAGCCCUGUGCUGCUCUCAGGAGGACGAGCCCAGGAUCACAGCCCUUAUACAGACAGCCAUCCAGGCAGGGGAGCUCACGGCCUACCCUGCAUUCACCCAGGAGAGCACCAGGAAGAAGAAAACACGCAAACAGAAGGCUGAUGAAGAAAGACAAGAAGCUGAGGAGAUGCAGAGAGAGAUGGGACUCAAUGAUGCUGAUGACAGUCUUGUACUGAUGUUAAAGCAAAAGCAGAAGUCCAGAGAGCAGAAUUUUAACUCUUUCCUGUCUGACCUGGAAGCCAAAUACUCCAAGGGAGGAAAAGCCAAAGCAGGAGGGAAAGGAAAAAAGUGAAGACUUCAAACCCUUGAAGUUAAGACAAGGUAGAAGUUAAGGUCAAAUUUUUAUCAAAACUUGACACCUGCAUGCCCCCUAGUCACACAUCUAUCACGUAUUUCUAUACAAAUUAUCUUCUUGAUCUAAGCUCCGCUAGCACCUCUGCUGAAAGUAGAACAUGGCUUCUACUGCAGUGAGGUGAAUUGUCCCAGUACUUAAACAGCCCCUCUAUUCCCUGGAAUGUCUCCUGUGGCUUACACUAAGCCCUCAUCACGUUAAGGUUUGUUAGGAAAACAUCUAAUACCUACCUUUUAGUUGGCGUCUCUCUAAGGCUUGUCUUUUCUCUUCCUGUUAAGGUAUGCUAUGUGAAACCCCAAAGUUUUGUGCUUGUCUUUUUUACAUGGGAAAAUAAAAGUCAUGUCCUUAUAAAAGUACAAAGCAGCCAGUCGAAGCAUGUCAGUGUUCAAAAGGCUUUUGUUCCUCCCUGUAUAGUUGGACUUGCCAUUCGGGUCAUCCUACGAAAAUUGUCUUUCCUGUCCCCUGCCUUAACCACCAGGAAAAACACUUAUGUUAGAUAAUGACAUGUUGUUUUAAUUUAAGUGUUUUGUUAAUAAAACAUAUGUAAAACAGA